CGGGACUGGCGUCCUGAGGUGUGCGGGUCACGGUGCUCUCUAGCCUGCCCGCGUCCCACCUCCUGGGGUCGCGUCCGGUCCGCCAGCCGGUCUAGUUAGGCGGCGCCUCUGAGCCGGCCAGGGGCUCGGUUCGUGCUUGACGACGCCCCCUUCUCCCCUCCAGCCCCCCUACCCCCCGGGACCCGGCGUGUUGUGUGUGUGGGGGGGCGUCGCCCGAGCGGCGCGGGAGAAGGCGGGAGAGCUCUCGGGGGUGCGAGGCGCUGAGCGACUGUCCGGGCAGCAUGAGUCAGCAGCCGCCGGCGCGGAAGCUGCCCAGCCUGCUCGUGGACCCGGCGGAGGAGACUGUGCGCCGCCGCUGCCGCGACCCCAUCAACGUGGAGGGCCUGCUGCCAUCAAAAAUAAGGAUUAAUUUAGAAGAUAACGUACAAUAUGUGUCCAUGAGAAAAGCACUAAAAGUGAAGAGACCUCGUUUUGAUGUAUCACUGGUUUAUUUAACUCGAAAAUUUAUGGAUCUUGUCAGAUCUGCUCCUGGGGGCAUUCUUGACUUAAACAAGGUUGCAACGAAACUGGGAGUACGAAAACGAAGAGUGUAUGACAUCACCAACGUCUUAGAUGGAAUCGACCUGGUUGAAAAGAAGUCCAAGAACCAUAUUCGGUGGAUAGGCUCUGAUCUUAGCAAUUUUGGAGCAGUGCCCCAACAGAAGAAGCUGCAGGAGGAGCUGUCUGACUUAUCAGCAAUGGAAGAUGCCCUGGAUGAGUUAAUCAAGGAUUGUGCUCAGCAGUUGUUUGAGUUGACAGAUGACAAAGAAAAUGAAAGACUAGCAUAUGUGACGUAUCAAGACAUUCAUAGCAUCCAAGCCUUCCAUGAACAGAUUGUAAUCGCAGUUAAAGCACCGGCAGAAACCAGAUUGGAUGUUCCAGCUCCCAGGAAGGAUUCUAUCACAGUACAUAUCAGGAGCACCAAAGGACCCAUUGACGUUUAUUUAUGUGAAGUGGAGCAGGGUUCCCACUCAAGUAAUAAAACGUCAGACAGUGUAGGGACCUCUUCAUCCAAAAGCAAGCCUUCGGAGCACCCUCAACCUGAGAAAGAAGAAAAUCCUCCACAUCAAAGUGAAGAAGUGCUUGAAGUGAGCAACUGAUGGUGUUUGAGGGUCCAUGCAUGGAGUCUCUUGGACUCCUGUGUUAAUGAAGAUCCUCAGAGCAAUAAAUUGUCCCUGCUGUUUUCUCAUUCUUGGUAGCUUCAAGAAGGCCAGGAGUGCCUCCAAGCACUUUGCUCUUUAGAUUGCUGGAUAAUGGCGGUUUCUGCAUUUGAAAACAGCUCUUUUUAUAAUUAUUCACUGCUUUUUUGCCAGUGAAGCAGUCAUCUUGCCUACAGAAAUUAUUGAAUCACACAGCUGUCACUGAAACAGCAGGCAGGCGGGGUGGACAGCUCCUCGUGGACUCUGCCCUUUGCUGCGCGGAUCGCGUGUUGUUGUCACAAAAGAAGUUGCCUUACAUGGGUUCAUGUCUGCAUGGAUGGGUGUGUGCACACACCUGAUGUGGUGUCUUUGUACAUAUUUGUAUAAUGUCUAGAUCACUUGUGAAAUACGUCUAAGUGAGACUGUUCACCCUUGUACAGCCAAAAUGUAAAUAUGGAAAGUAACAGACAUAUUCUCUAAUUUCUGUGGUAUCUAUAACUUAUUAGAAUCCUCCGAAUGAGGGUUAGAGGAGAGUUUUUUCCCUAACUUCUACAUGUAGAAGUACCAUAAAUAUGUGUGCAGUUAAAGUUUGUGGAUUUAAUGCAAGUAUUUCAGUAUGGUUUCCCAGUGCUAAAAUUGGACUUCAGGCUCCCUACAGAGUCAUUGUGUCCAAGCAGACUGCUGACGUGUCCCAAGCUUUGGGGACAAGUGCAGAAAUGCCACCAGCUCAUGACUGAAUUCCUUGCAAGACAUGAGUUCAGUCAUGGUGACAGUUGAAAACUAUUUUAACCUUUUUUGCAAGAUUUUGUAAUAUGUUUCUGUACACAGCCUUGCUUUUCAACCAGAGGGGUUUAUUUACAAUGAGUCAGUGGUCCCCUGCCCUCACUCCAGCUCUAGUCCCAUGUUCCCGAGCACCUCGCUCUUUCUACCUCAGCGGGUAAGUCAUUACCACUCUGUGCCUCAGUUUACUCAGUAGUUUACCAUUAGACUGUGAGCUCCUUGGGGGACUUUGUCUUAAUCAUUGUUAAGCCCAACGCCUUGCGCCACUCCUGGCAAUUGAAAAGCGCUUGAUAAAUGUUUGAACAAAUCAGGUGAGUGAGUGAGUGAGUGAAUGGUAUAAUUAGACUGAUAAUGCUUGGCUCAUACCAUUCAAAAUUCUUGUAUCAUUCAGAUUCAUAUUUUAAACUUCUGUCACUUUGAAAGAAAGAAUUGAAGUGACGUGAGAUUAGGACCAUGUAGAAAAAAGAGGAAUAAAAAAUGAACAUGCUGGAAAAUCAUGCCAAGUAUGUAGGAUUCGCACACCUCCAAACUCCAGUGGCUUUUGCAGUCCUGUCCCUCAGCUGAACACCAGCCUCCUCCCUCCUCACAGUCCCUGCCAGCUGCCUCUGCAGGCCUUGGCUACGAGGCAGAAGUUGUGUGUAUAGGUCAAGUGCUCCUCGGAGGAUUCCAGGCUCUGCAUUGUAGAUUUGGCAGCUGUCAGUUAGUGUGAUGGCUGAACAUGAGAGUGGAUGAGGCCACCUAAUGAGAGGGUACCAGCAGGAGAAGAGGAAAGGCCCGUUGGCAUGUGUUUUAAGGGGAGGUACCCACUCCAGUUGCUUGCCUGGAGAUUUCCAUGGGGUCACUGAGUCGGCUGCGACUGAGCAACUUAACACUUUCACUUUCACCAAAGAAAAAGCCUUUCUCAAGAGAGAAAAGAGGAGGAGAGAAAAAAUGGCUGAAGAAGGUGGUGCCCCCAAAACCCACAAAGGAAGCAUGGCCACAGGUGAUAGCAUUUUUCUAAGCAGCAGUUCCUUACUUGUCAAAUGUGACAAAGUGUUCUACUUUGCAAAUCAUUCUGAGAGUAACGUGAGAUUGUGUAAACAAAAGCCCUCUGUAAACUGUAGACGUGUUACAUAAAUGAAUCUUUUUCGUCACUCCA